AUGCCAGGAAAGAGAAUUGCAGUGAUUGGUGCUGGGGUCAGUGGAUUAGGGGCCAUUAAGAUCUGUCUGGAGGAGGGAUUGGAGCCCACCUGCUUUGAAGGAACCAAUGACAUUGGAGGACUGUGGAGAUACCAGGUAAGAGACUACGAGUGGCAGGGCAAGUACUACAAAUCUGCCACCAGCAACACUUCGAAGGAGAUGACAACCUACCGCGAUUACCCUUCCCCCGAUCGUUUCCCCAACUACUUGCACAAUUCCAGAAUCAUGGAGUACCUCAGGAUGUAUGCACAACACUUUGACCUAACGAAGCACAUCCGGUUUCUGUCAAAGGUGCACAGCGUGAGGAAGCGCUCCGACUUCUCUUGCACGGACGUCCUGGUCGAGACCACAGGGAAGCAGGAAUCCUAUGUCUUUGAUGGGAUUAUGGUGUGUAGUGGUCUUCACACCGAGCCCAUCUUGCCACUCCAGAACUUUCCAGGAAUCAACAGGUUCAAAGGUCAAUAUACCCACAGCUGUGAAUACAGGAGUCCAGAGAAAUUUCAGGGGAAGAAAAUCAUUGUGGUUGGCAUUGGAAAUUCUGGAGCUGACUUGGCAAUUGAGCUCAGUCAUGUAGCUUCACAGGUGUAUCUCAGCACAAGGCGGGGUGCGUGGAUUUGAAACCGGGUCUGGGAUAAUGGAAUGCCCAUGGACACUGUUCUCUUCACUCAUUUUAAGACCAUCCUCAACAAAUUUUACCCUACAUUCUUAAUCAACAGAUGGGCAGAGAAUAAAUUAAAUGCUCGAUUUAACCAUGACGUUUAUGGCUUACUACCUAAACACAGACUUCUCAGUCAUCAAGCUACUUGUGGUGAUGAUCUACCCAAUCACAUAAUAUCUGGAAGAGUUCUGAUAAAAUCAGAUGUUAGGGAGUUCACAGAGACGUCAGCCAUCUUUGGAGAUGGUACAGAAGAGGACCUUGAUGUUGUUAUUUUUGCCACAGGAUAUACUUUCUCUUUUCCCUUUUUGGAAAACAAUGCAACAGUUCUGGACAGCCAGCACUCCAUGUUUAAAUUUGUCUUCCCCCCUCAACUAGAGAAACCAACACUAGCUUUCAUUGGCAUCCUGCAGCCAGUGGGAGCCACCAUUCCCACAUCGGAACUCCAGAGCCGAUGGGCCAUGCGUGUAUUCAAGGGAUCGAACAAAUUACCUUCAGUGAGGGGCAUGACGGCAGACAUAAGACGGAAGAGAAAAAGAUUUGGAAAAGAAUUCCUGAAUAAUCCUCGCGACACAUGCAGAGUGCAAUACGUGGAGUACAUGGAUGAGAUUGUCUCUGAAAUAGGAGCGAAACCCAACCUGCCCUCCAUCUUCCUGUGGGAUCCGAAGCUGGCUAUAGAAAUUUUCUUUGGCCCGUGCACGCCUUACCAGUACCGCCUGCAGGGGCCAGGGAAGUGGGCUGGGGCCCGGAGAGCCAUCCUGAUCCGGAGAGAGCGGAUCAUCAAGCCCCUGAGGACUCGAACCCUCAUCUGUGACCAGCCUCCAUCCUCUGUGCCAUUUUGGCUUAAAAGCGCCUGUGCAGCUCUUCUCUUUGUUCUCACCUUAGUCAUUAUUAAAGGAUAA